AUGUAUCCUUUCGGUCAACCAUACCCAGAUGCUUCCAAUGAUACACAGUCUUGGCAAAAUGAACUUUGGGUGAAGAUUCAGCGUGAUGCUCAUGAGGAUGAGAUUGACUUGACUGUUCUUCCAUUUGCCAAGGAAGCUAUUGCCAGUAUUGCAGAACUGGCUGUGAAGCAAAUCGACACUAAGCAGUUUGGGUUUCAAGGAGCGAAAAGGAUUGAUGUGCAUACACAUCCCAUACCAGACUGGUUCCGAGAACUGGAGUUGAAUGCAGCAGGCCGUGCGACACCCUCUUGGACUGUGCAAGACCACCUGAAGUUUAUGGAUCAAUAUCAGAUAGUGCACUCGGUUCUUUGCGUCUCCACACCCCAGGCAAAUGCAUUCUUGACUGAGACAGAUGAAGAAUCGAGGAAGAAGAAGACGCUCGCGCUGGCUAGACUACUGAACUGUUUCACUGCGGAACUGUGCAGGAUAUACCCUGAGCGAUUCAGUUGGAUGGCCAUCAUGCCACUACCAUAUGUCCAAGAGUCAAUCACAGAGUUGAAAAGAAUGUUCUCAAUGAAAGGACAAGAGCCCAUCGGCGUCGGCGUACUUACUAACCACGAGGGCCUGUACCCCGGCGAUGCAACCUUCAACCCGCUAUGGGCCUUUUUACAGAAAAGAGCAGAUGAAGAAGGAAGGAGAGAAGUCAUCUUCGUCCACCCCACCGAACCCAUCAUCAAACUCGACGACGGACGCUUGAUAAACUCUCGACCCUCACCCCUCCGCUCCGGCCUCGGCGAAUUCUACUUCGAAACCGCCCGCGCAAUCUCCAGCCUCACCGCCGCCUCCACCAUCCUCACCCACCCGCACCUCCACUGGCGCAUCUCCCACGGCGCAGGCGCCUUCCCAGACAUAUCCUCCCGCUUCCUCCUCGGCUUCCCCGCCAUCGCCUCCGCCUCCCGCCAAAUCUACAAGACUCGCUUUUGGUACGACAGUGCUGGGCCCGUGUGGCCGAGUCAGAUUAAAGGGUUGACGGAGGGCAUGCAGGUGCCCGUGAGUCAGAUGGUGUUUGGUACGGAUUAUCCGUAUGGUAUCGGGUUUUGGGAUGUUGGGGAGAAUAUCGGGGGGUUGGCGAGGGUGGAGUGGUUGGGGGAGGGGGAGAGGGAGGGUGUGUUUUGGGGGAAUGCGAGGGAGUUGUGGGAGGGGAGGAUUUGGGAGGGUGGGGUGUGA